GAAAUGUUCUACAGAGAAGAAAAAUGUGGAGUCAUGUAGGAAAGUCCAGACUGGAGGGAAGCUUAGCUGUGAAGACUGUGGCAAAACAUUUACAAGAAAAUAUGAUGUAAACAUACACAUGAGAAUCCACACAGGAGAGAAGCCUUUCUGUUGUGAUCUAUGUGGUCAAAGAUUUAACCACAAAUCAGCUUUAAACAGUCACACGAGAAUCCAUACAGGACAAAAGCCUUUCUGUUGUGAUCUAUGUGGACAAAGAUUUAGACAAAAAUCAGCUUUAAACAGACACGCGAGAAUCCAUACAGGACAAAAGCCUUUCUGUUGUGAUCUAUGUGGUCAAAGAUUUAGCCAAAAAUCAGCUUUAAACAGUCACACGAGAAUCCAUACAGGACAAAAGCCUUUCUGUUGUGAUCUAUGUGGUCAAAGAUUUAGCCAAAAAUCAGCUUUAAACAGUCACACGAGAAUCCAUACAGGACAAAAGCCUUUCUGUUGUGAUCUAUGUGGUCAAAGAUUUAACCACAAAUCAGCUUUAAACAGUCACACGAGAAUCCAUACAGGACAAAAGCCUUUCUGUUGUGAUCUAUGUGGACAAAGAUUUAGACAAAAAUCAGCUUUAAACAGACACAUAAGAAUCCAUACAGGGCAGAAGCCUUUCUGUUGUGAUCUAUGUGGUCAAAGAUUUAGCCGAAAAUUAAAUUUAAACACACACGCGAGAAUCCAUACAGGACAAAAGCCUUUCUGUUGUGAUCUAUGUGGUCAAAGAUUUAGCCAAAAAUCAGCUUUAAACAGUCACACGAGAAUCCAUACAGGACAAAAGCCUUUCUGUUGUGAUCUAUGUGGUCAAAGAUUUAGCCAAAAAUCAGCUUUAAACAGUCACACGAGAAUCCAUACAGGACAAAAGCCUUUCUGUUGUGAUCUAUGUGGUCAAAGAUUUAGCCAAAAAUCAGCUUUAAACCGUCACAUGAGAAUCCAUACAGGACAGAAGCCUUUUUGUUGUGAUCUAUGUGGUCAAAGAUUUAGCCGAAAAUCAGCUUUAAACAGUCACACAAGAAUCCAUACAGGACAAAAGCCUUUCUGUUGUGAUCUAUGUGGUCAAAGAUUUAGCCAAAAAUCCUCUUUAAACCGUCACAUGAGAAUCCAUACAGGACAAAAGCCUUUUUGUUGCGAUCUAUGUGGUCAAAGCUUUAGCCACAAAUCCGGUUUAAGCAGUCACAAGAGAAUCCAUACAGGACAGAAGCCUUUUUGUUGUGAUCAGAGCUCUGAUAUAUGAUGGAGC